AUGGUAAGCUCGGAGCCCCCGGGGUUCUUGGGGUACGGGGAGUUGGAGGCUCUGCUCUGUGCCCUAGGGCUCGGGACCCUGAUGGCCCUGCCCGGGGCUCUGGGCUCAGGCGGCAGCAACAGUGGCAGUGAGAACUCCAAGUCUGCCACCAUUGUCUUGCUACUGCUGCUACUGCUGCUGCUACUGGUCACUGGCCUGGCGCUGGCCUGGCACCGCCUCAGCCGCGACUCUGGUGGCUACUACCAUCCGGUCCGCCUGGGGGCAGCGCUAUGGGGCCGCACACGCCGCCUGGUGUGGAGCAGCCCCCCAGGUCGCUGGCUUCGGGCCCGGGCUGAGCGGGUGUGGCUGAACAAUGACAACGAGCCACAGGAAGAGGAGAAGGACGUUGAAGAUGACUACGUGAUGGAUGGCAGCCAAGGGUCCGCAGAACCUCAGGAUGAGGAGCAGCAGUGUGAAGUGGGGCCCAGCCCAGAGCCUGAGCCAGCUGACGAGGUCCAUGACAGUGACGGCAAGGGUGGCCUAGGCCUCAGCACCCAGGGGCCGGCGUGCGCAGGGGGCAGUGCCGAGGCCCUACUCAGCGACUUGCAUGCCUUUGCUGGCAGUGCAGCUUGGGACGACAGCGCCGCCGGGGCUGUCGGGGGCCAGGGCCCCCAUGUCACCGCACUCUAG